AUGAACUUUAGGUGUUCGCUGCCUUUAUUUGGCUCAUUGCCACAUUUUGCUUCAGAAGCAAACAUGGAUCCCGUUCUUACCGAUGCGAUAUCCGGGGAAGAUGUUGGCACUUUGGAAGCACGAAUGACGACUCUGAUUCGACCCAAUCUAAAAACACUCACUACAGGCGAUCAACUCUGCCAUUUGCUUAUGACGACAAUUAAGAAGACAUUUCAAAUCGAUUUAAGUACUCACCCACUCACUCAUUCCACACUCGCACACACAAUUUCUGCAGGCGGAUAUCUUAUGGAUGCAACAAAACAGGAGGAGGAUGAAGGUACAGGGUUAUUUGACCUUCAAUCCCAGCCGCAGACUUGGAACGUCUGUCUGCUUCAAUCCUCGAAUACACCGAUUGCGGGAGCCAUCACACCCAUUUCUGCCAGUUUUCCAGACUCUCGGCUUUCUCGGCUCUCAUCGAGUGAGUUUCAGGACAACGAAGGUCUGCAGGCAGCUUUUGGGGACUUAAAUACCUCCGAGGAUGUAGUUCCAUGUCAGUACGGUUUCAACAAACCUCCCGAUCGUGCUCCCACUCAGCUGGGAGGUUUUGAAGAGGAGAGUGGUUUUGAUAGUGGAUUUGGUUCACUACAACUCACUCCCAGUGAAAUUCAGUCGGAAGGUAUGUGUGCAAACACUUCACCACAAUCACCACCAUUAUGGCGACGUUCGACACUGGAGGAAUUCCGUAGACUCAGCAACGAGGUGCCAAUGGCAAAAGAGGAGGAGCCCCAUAUAUCAAAUUUUGAUGAUCAUGUGGCAUCACGACAACUGUUGGAGUACAAACGGUGUCAGGCAAUGCUGGAGUAUAGACCAAAAUUUAGUGGAGAGUGCUUGAAUAUCUUUGCUAAUACCUCAAGUAAAGCAUCCACCUCAAAGGAUGUGCAAGACCGACUCCACUGGAAUGGUAUUCGGUCUUCAUCCCAAGGCUGCCGCCACUUGGGAAAAAGCGGUCAAAAUGCCCUCCUCUCUCAAAUUCCAUUGACGAAGCCCUAUUCCGCUAUUUCCACCACCACGCCUGUUGCCAUCUCCUCCUCCUCCUCAUCUUCUUCCUUUGCCUUCGAGGCGACUAGAUCCACAGCCUCUCCCGUCUCCCACCGGAAUUUCAACAAACGUGUCGCCCAGCAGGAAGCCAGUGAAUUCCUCUCCUGUUCUGAGGGUGGAAAUUUAGACGAAUCCUUUGACGAUAUUGACGCGUUCGGCUUUGAUGCCGACUUGGAUGACCCUGCCUUUCAAUUGGCUUCAGAAUGUUUGCCCCCACCACAACCGUUGACAAGGAAAGUGCUUCGAGAUUGUCAGUCGUGUUCCCUCCGCCAUAAUCAGAAUAGCUCAAUUUCUGGAACCAUUCAUCGAAGAUCACGAAAUACUGUACUUACUAACUCGCCGAUCGACAGGCCUCGCAAAACUUGUGCCCCACGUAAUGGUGGACGCAAACGCAAUCUACUAAACUUUAUCCUUGAACUCCUGACAACUAGGCAAACAUGUGUGGAGUGGGUUGACAAGCCAAAACAGGUCUUCCAGAUUGUUAAUCCCGACCAGUUGACUCGACUCUGGGGCGAACACAAAAAUAACAUUAAAAUGAGCUUCGAUUCAUUGUCUCGUAGCCUGAGGCUCUACUACAAGCCAGGGAAGCUGGAGCGAAUUCCGGGCACUCGUCAUCAAUACCGGCUGAUACAAAGACCUCCUGAAUCUCCAGGUCCCCUCCGAGAGACAUCCUCCCAUCGAUGCAAUUCGGAGCAUCGAAGAUGUGGCACACCGGUAAAUUACCCUACUGCGUUGAAACAGCAUCCGCCGUCUCAGAAACCCUACCUCUGA